AAUUCUGACAAGUCUGAAGCUGUUUUUUCUAUCAUUCAUCUAAAUUCAGAAUUGGAUUGAAAAUAUUGAUGAGCUAAUUUACGAAAGUUUAUGAAAUUAUGAGAAUUUCGUAUCUGUAGACAUCAAAAUGUCUCAAAAAGAAGGAGGAAUAUUUUACAACAUACAAUAUUUAUUACAACAAGAUUAUCGCGGGGUUAACAUAGCAGUAUAUGCCCUAGCCACCGCUGGUCUCGCCAUAUCUGUUCAUAAGAUUCGCCCUGUUAGCAAGUUUUCGAAAGCCAGUAAAGUUCCAGAUCAUUUCAUCAGAAAUCAUGAACCUUUGAAAGGAUUAUAUGCUGGAGUGCAACAUUCACCAGUUCGUGUUCUGGUCAAUCACAAAGCCCCAAUAUAUUUACCGCUAUGGCAUUCCAGUAAACCUCCACUACCAGUUAAGCUGUGGGGAAUUGAAGUAGUUAGUGGGAAUGCAGUGAAUUGGCUGGAAUGUGUUGCUAGGGGCCAGCAAGUGACAUUAAAGCCAAUCGGAAGAGAUAAUGAUGAUCUAGUUUCUACUGUAUUAUUGCAUUUACGUCAGCCUAAGAGUAAAGAUGUUCAAACAUUGGAUAUUGGUAAAAAAUUGGUAGAGCUUGGAUUUGCAAAAGCAUCUUUUCCUAAAGAAUUAAAAAAGAAUACCAUUGAGUCACAAAUUGCCCCUGCUCUAUUAUCAGCAGAAGCACAAGCAAAAAGCCUCAGAAACGGCAUUUGGUCUGAGAAUCUCCCACCAAUUCCAGCAUAUAUUGUUUAUUGGAGAAAAGGUUCACAGCUUACUUUGGAGUUAUUUGUAUUGACAGCCAAGAAGUUACUGCAACUGUUAAAAUUUACCACCAAAAGUGCUUUAAUAGGAACAAAGAAUUUAAUAUUAAUUCCAUUCAGGUCAAAACCUAAACAAGUACAAACAUCAUGAAAUAAAAACAUUCAUAUAAAGUCUAGUUCAGAAAAGAACCAAAUGAGUUAUUACAAUUAUAAUUAUUCGGUUUCUCUUCAAAGCUAGUGAUGUUCCUUCCAUUUAUAUAGUGAAAUAAAUUAUCUUUGUAUACAUUUAAUGUUGGUAAAUAAAAAUUACUAAUUCGUUACUUAAA